UUCGAACUGGCUACCAUUCGUUAUCUUUCGUUUGACCAGCGUUUCGAAUGGACUAGAUUUCCACACAGUUGAGCGAUUAAUAAGAGGACAUGACUUCUUCUGGAACAACGGCAUCUGGGACCUCUGGCACUGUUUUGCAGCCGCGAUGGAAAAGGGUAUUGGGUUGGUCUGGCCCGGUCCCUCGACCGCGACAUGGCCACCGGGCUGUCGCAAUUAAAGAGUUGAUGGUGGUAUUUGGUGGAGGCAAUGAAGGAAUUGUUGAUGAACUGCACGUAUACAAUACAGCUACCAAUCAGUGGUUUAUUCCUGCCGUGCGUGGUGAUAUCCCUCCAGGGUGUGCUGCUUAUGGAUUUGUAUGUGAUGGCACUCGGCUGCUUGUGUUUGGUGGCAUGGUGGAAUAUGGCAAAUACAGUAAUGAUCUGUAUGAGCUACAAGCCAGUCGAUGGGAGUGGAAACGGCUGAAGCCAAAAGCUCCUAAGAAUGGGCCGCCACCAUGUCCUAGACUGGGCCACAGUUUUUCCCUUGUUGGAAACAAAUGCUACCUGUUUGGAGGGCUCGCUAAUGACAGUGAGGAUCCCAAAAACAACAUUCCCAGAUAUCUGAAUGACUUGUACACCCUGGAGCUGCGUCCUGGCUCUAGCGUUGUUGGCUGGGAUAUCCCAAUCACUUAUGGUGUGCUGCCUCCUCCUCGAGAAAGCCACACCGCUGUGGUCUACACAGAGAAAGCAUCCAAAAAAUCACGCCUCGUCAUCUACGGUGGUAUGAGUGGCUGUCGUCUCGGUGACCUUUGGACCUUAGACAUUGACACGCUGACUUGGAGCAAGCCAAACAUCAGUGGCACAGCCCCUCUGCCACGCAGCCUCCACUCUGCCACAACCAUCACAAAUAAGAUGUAUGUGUUUGGUGGAUGGGUACCCCUCGUGAUGGAUGAUGUCAAAGUGGCAACGCAUGAGAAGGAAUGGAAGUGCACAAACACUCUGGCUUGUUUAAACCUUGAUACAAUGAGUUGGGAGUCUAUUUUGAUGGACACUUUAGAGGACAACAUUCCCCGUGCUAGGGCUGGGCACUGUGCCGUGGCCAUCAACAAUAGGCUGUAUGUUUGGAGCGGUCGGGACGGAUACCGCAAAGCAUGGAAUAACCAAGUGUGCUGCAAAGACCUGUGGUACCUGGAGACAGAAAAACCGCUGCCCCCGUCCCGCGUGCAGUUGGUCCGCGCCAACACCAACUCUCUGGAGGUGAGCUGGGGCGCCGUGCCCACGGCAGACACCUACCUGCUGCAGCUGCAGAAGUAUGACAUUCCUGCUGCUACGGCCGCUACCUCACCGGCCCUCAACCCCACCCCAUCUCUACCUGCCAACUCACCUAAGAGCCCUGCACCAGCCGCUGCCGCCCCCUCCUCCCAGAACCUGCCUCUGUCUGGCAUCACUCUGGUCCCACAGGUGCCCUCUCCCACCACCUCCAUGCCAGGGAGCCCUCUGGCUGCAGCUUCACCCCGCGGCCCAGCCGUUCUUAAAGUUGCUGCGCCGCAAUCAACAGCUGGAACUUCUAUUGUCACUGUGCGUCAGGCCAAUCAGGGGGGGAAAUCCCCGGUCACUGUUACGUCGCUUCCUGCUGGUGUCCGUAUGGUAGUGCCAGCCCAGAGCACCCAAGGGACGCCAAUUGGAAGCAGCCCACAGAUGAGUGGCAUGGCAGCCCUUGCUGCAGCUGCUGCAGCCACACAGAAGAUCCCGCCCUCUUCCACAGCCACUGUGCUGAACGUACCAGCAGGUGCUACAAUUGUGAAGACUGUAGCUGUAACACCUGGCUCCACGACUCUGCCAGCCACAGUCAAAGUAGCUUCACCAGUGAUGGUGAGUAACCCCGCCACGCGGAUGCUGAAGACGGCUGCAGCCCAGGUUGGCACGUCUGCCAUUUCCACACCCAACACCCCGACUCGGCCCAUCAUCACCGUGCACAAGUCUGGCACGGUGACUGUGGCCCAGCAAGCCCAGGUUGUCACCACUGUGGUCGGGGGAGUGACUAAGACCAUCACUCUGGUCAAAAGCCCCCUCACCAUGGGAAGCAGCGGCGCUCUGAUAUCCAGUCUUGGAAAGGUGAUGUCUGUGGUCCAGACCAAACCAGUGCAGACCUCUGCUGUGACAGGUCAAGCUGGAAGUAGUCCUGUUACUCAGAUCAUACAGACAAAGGGACCUCUGCCCGCUGGUACGAUCCUGAAGCUGGUGACAUCUGCAGAUGGCAAGCCCACCACAAUCAUCACCACCACCCAGGCAGGGGGCACUGGCAACAAACCUACCAUCCUGGGCAUCAGCAGCGUGUCACCCACCACCACCACGAAGCCGGGCACGACCACCAUCAUCAAAACUAUCCCCAUGUCUGCCAUCCAACAAGGGGCCACAGGGGUAACUAGCAGCCCUGGCAUGAAGUCUCCCAUCACAAUUAUCACCACCAAAAUGAUGACCCCGGGCACUGGCACCCCAGGAAAAAUCAUCACCACUGUGCCCAAACUGGCCGCAGGGGCUGGGCAGCAGGGUGUUACACAGGUGGUUCUGAAGGGCGCACCUGGGCAGCCUGGAACCAUUCUACGCACUGUGCCAAUGGGCGGGGUCCGCCUGGUCACCCCGGUGACAGUCUCAGCGGUCAAACCUGCCGUGACCACGCUUGUUGUGAAGGGCACCACAGGAGUGACAACUUUGGGCACAGUGACUGGCACUGUGUCUACUAGCCUGGCAGGUGGAAGUGUUGCCAGUGCUAACGCCAGCCUGGCCACUCCCAUCACCACACUGGGCACCAUUGCCACUCUGUCCAGUCAAGUGAUUAACCCCACAGCCAUUACUGUAUCUGCAGCACAGACCAGCUUGACCACCGCCUCCACUAUCUCCAUGCAGUCCGCAGCUCAGCCUACCCAGGUGACUUUGAUCACCACCCCCAGCGGAGUGGAGGCUCAGCCUGUUCAGGAUCUGCCGGUCUCCAUCCUUGCCUCGCCUACCUCUGAGCAGCCCUCCACCACAGGGGGCGAGUCUGGCGAAGGCCCCGGUAGCGUAACGCUGGUGUGCUCCAACCCACCGUGUGAAACCCAUGAAACGGGCACCACGAGCACUGCCACGACAGCCACCGCCAAAAUCGGCGUUGAGCGCGUGUGCUCCAACCCACCCUGCGAGACCCACGAGACGGGCACCACCAACACGGCCACCACGGCCUCGGCCAAAAUCGGCGCGGAGCGCGUGUGCUCUAAUCCGCCGUGUGAAACCCACGUGACUGGCACCACCAACACUGCCACCACUGCCUCAGCUAACAUGGGCACGACACAGCAAGUGUGUACCAACCCGCCCUCGGAGACCCACGACACGGGCACCACCAACACCGCCACCACUGCCAGCUGCAACAUGGGCUCCAAAGAGAUGGGCGUCGUAGACAGCAAGAAGGAAUCUCAUUCUCCUCAGGCCUCCACCUCCAGCGCUGAGGCCCCCGCAUCUGCUUCCGGCGCCAGCGGCGCCCCUGGCACGAUGCGUCCGGAAAACCUGCGCACGGGCACCACAAACACCUCCACCACUGCCCGUUCAAACAUGGGCUCUGACCAGACGGGAACGGUGCAGAGCUCGGAAAAGAGCAAGUCCGCCAUCUCUUCGACGCUGUCUCCCAUUUGUUCUAACCCGCCCUGCGAGACGCACGAGACAGGAACCACCAACACCACCACCACAGCAGGCGCAGGCAGUGUCCAGCAGGUGUGCUCUAACCCUCCCUGUGAAACCCAUGAGACGGGCACCACCAACACUCCCACUCAGGCUUCCUCCAGCAUGGGCACCGCACAGAUGGGCACAGUACAGAGGGUCUGUUCUAAUCCCCCAUGCGAGACCCACGAGACGGGCACCACCAACACACCCACGCAGGCCUCCUCCAGUAUGGGAGCCGGGCAGAGUGGCACUGUACAGAGAGUCUGUUCCAACCCGCCAUGCGAGACCCAUGAGACGGGCACCACCAACACACCCACGCAGGCCUCUUCCAGUAUGGGAGCCGGGCAGAGUGGCACUGUACAGAGAGUCUGUUCCAAUCCGCCAUGCGAGACCCAUGAGACGGGUACCACCAACACACCCACGCAGGCCUCUUCCAGUAUGGGAGCCGGGCAGAGUGGCACUGUACAGAGAGUCUGUUCCAACCCGCCAUGCGAGACCCAUGAGACGGGUACCACCAACACACCCACGCAGGCCUCUUCCAGUAUGGGAGCCGGGCAGAGUGGCACUGUACAGAGAGUCUGUUCCAACCCGCCAUGCGAGACCCAUGAGACGGGCACCACCAACACGGCCACCACGGCCACGAGCAGCUUGGAGUCGGGUGAGGGCACAGCUCAGCAGAGUGGAGAUGGUCAAGGUGAGGGUGGAGCUAAUGAGGCAACCUCCACCACAGAGUCCACUAUCCCUUCGACUCAGAGCCGAGCCAUCACGACAGUCACUCAAGCUACACCAGUGCCGGGGCCUUCUGUGCCAGAGAUCUCCUCCAUCACCGGUUCCUGUGCUACGGCAGAAGUGGCCCAGGACCCGGAGGCCAUGGAGCAGAGUGGCUCUGAAGCUGUCGCCUCCUCAGAGGAGCCCAUGCAGGCCGAGUGCCAGGGUGAGCUGGGUGACGACGGCACCGUGAGGGUCGUCGCUCUGGAGGAAGGAGCUGCAGGGGAAGCAGGCACCAUGCUACAGGUGCACGUUGCCAUGGAAGCACAGCCCGGCCAGGGAGAACAGGCGGAGCACAUGGUAGAGGGAGCAGAGGGGGCAGAAGCAGUGGGCAUGGCUGCCCAGGAUGCUGAACCCUUAGCGCUGCCACAAGAACUGAUGUCCGAGGGGCAGUCUACCACGCUGAUGGUGACUGGGCUGACCCCCGAGGAGCUGGCCGUCACGGCCGCGGCGGAGGCAGCCGCCCAGGCCGCGGCCACCGAGGAGGCCCACGCCCAGGCCCUGGCCAUCCAGGCCGUCCUGCAGGCUGCUCAGCAGGCUGUACUCAGUGAUAUUAGUGACAGAUGCUGUGUAGUUUCAUUACUGUCAUUUCUUUUGUUUUCUGCUGUAGGUGAAGGGGAUUCAGGUCAGGAUGGGCAGCAGUCCACAACCAUUCCUAUUGUAUUGACUCAGCAGGAGCUGGCAGCACUGGUCCAGCAGCAGCAGCAGCUCCAGGAGGCCCAAGCUCAGGCUGCUGCUGCCCAGCAGCUGGUUGCCAACCCUGCAGCCGCUCUGCCCACCGAAGGCCUGGCACCAGCCGACAGCCUCAAUGACCCCGCCUCUGAAAGCAACGGUCAUGAGAUGGCAGCUGCCGUCACUGGAGCAGUGGCCAGCGGUCAAACUCUGGCCCCGUCCAGUACCUUUGCGCCAUCCCAACCCAUGGUCGUCACCAGCCCUGCUAAGAUGCAAGCUGCCACUGCCCUAGCUGAGGUAGCUAAUGGCAUUGAAUCUGCAACUGGGAAGCAGGGAGCUCCCCCUGCAGUGGUCAAAGCGCCGGUGAAGAAAGAGAAUCAGUGGUAUGACGUCGGAAUCGUCAAAGUGACAAACAUGGUUGUCACACACUACUACGUACCAGCAGACGACGCAGCCGUUUUGGACGAUGACUCCGGAACCAUUCCAGACUACAGUCAAAUGAAGAAAGUGGAACUUCAGCCAGGCACUGCAUACAAGUUCCGCGUCGCAGGCAUCAACACCUGUGGCCGUGGUACCUUUUCAGAGGUCUCUGCUUUCAAAACGUGUCUGCCUGGCUUCCCAGGUGCACCUUGUGCCAUCAAAAUCAGCAAGAGCCCAGAUGGCGCACACCUGACAUGGGAGCCUCCGUCGGUGACGUCAGGCAAGAUUAUUGAAUAUUCAGUGUACCUGGCCAUCCAGAGCAGUCAGACUGCAGAGGCCAAGGCGUCCACACCAGCCCAGCUGGCCUUCAUGCGUGUGUACUGUGGGCCAAACCCAUCCUGCUUGGUGCAGUCAUCUAGCCUCUCCAAUGCCCACAUUGACUACACCACAAAGCCAGCCAUCAUCUUCCGCAUCGCAGCACGUAAUGAGAAAGGCUAUGGGCCCGCAACACAAGUUAGGUGGCUACAAGAAACCAGUAAAGAUGGAUCAGCUGCUAAACCUGCAGCCAAGCGGCCGGUUUCCUCACCUGAUACGAAAGCCACUGGUCCAAAGAAGGCCAGAUCGGACCAGUGAGUAUUCAGCUGCCCUAUUCUCUGAGACAGGACCGCAACUGACCUCCUCUUCCUACUGAAAGCCUCACCCCGGCCUCC